GCUUAGUGCAGUGCUCUGCGGGCAGUAAGCGCUCAAUAACUACGACUGAAUGAAGGAAUGGAUGAACUCUCUCAUUGGCUAACAGGCGCGUCAGCUGUGAAAUGCACGAGAUCCAGAAACGAGGACCCCUUGCUGUGCCCCAAAUGCAGAGAGGCUAUUGCUUGCCCAGACUAGUUGCCGGACAGCCAAAGGACCCCCAUCAGAAAACAUAUAUUUUUGCAUGAGGACGCCGAGAUUGAUGCCAUGCCGAGCAGGAUGGGAUCGAAAAUGAAUCUCAGAGAUGUUCGAAUAAAGGCACACUAUAAUGGAGACAUUUUGAUCACCAAUUUGGAUGUGUCGGUGACAUAUGAUGAUCUUUGUGAUGACGUGAGAGAAAUGUGCAGUCUACAUCAGGAGCAGCCAAUCACCCUCAAGUGGAUUGAUGAUGAAGGAGAUCCCUGUACCAUCUCGUCCCAGAUGGAGCUAGAAGAAGCUUUCCGCUUGUACUGUCAACACAGAGAGGAAGGACUCAUCAUUCACGUUUUCCCCAGUAUUCCAGAGAAACCUGGCAUGCCCUGUCCUGGAGAAGACAAAUCAAUCUACCGACGAGGGGCCAGAAGAUGGAGGAAGCUGUAUCGAGUGAAUGGGCAUCUGUUCCAAGCCAAGCGCUUUAACAGAAGAGCAUACUGCGGCCAAUGCAGUGAAAGGAUAUGGGGUCUCGGAAGGCAAGGCUACAAGUGCAUAAACUGCAAAUUGCUGGUCCAUAAACGUUGUCAUAUCCUGGUGCCACUGACCUGCAAAAGGCAUAUGGAUUCGGUCAUGCCUUCCCAAGAGCCUCAAAUAGACGCUAAAAACGAUGAAGUUGACCUCCCUUCAGAAGAUACUGACGGAAUUCCUUAUAUUUCAUCAACCCGGAAACAUGACACCAUUAAAGAUGAUUCUGAGGAUAUUAAGCCAGUUAUCGAUGGAAUGGAUGGAAUUAAAAUAUCUCAGGGCCUUGGGCUGCAGGACUUUGACCUAAUCAGAGUUAUUGGACGUGGAAGCUAUGCCAAAGUACUUUUAGUGCGGUUAAAAAAGAAUGAUCAAAUUUAUGCCAUGAAAGUAGUGAAAAAGGAAUUAGUCCACGAUGAUGAAGAUAUCGAUUGGGUGCAAACAGAGAAACACGUCUUUGAACAGGCAUCCAGUAACCCAUUCCUUGUCGGUUUACAUUCCUGCUUCCAAACGACCAGUCGCUUAUUCCUCGUGAUCGAGUACGUAAACGGAGGCGAUCUCAUGUUUCACAUGCAACGGCAGAGAAAGCUCCCCGAAGAGCAUGCCAGAUUUUACGCUGCCGAAAUCUGUAUUGCUCUCAACUUCCUCCACGAGCGAGGAAUCAUCUACCGGGACUUAAAACUGGACAACGUUCUGCUAGAUGCCGAAGGUCACAUCAAGCUGACCGACUACGGCAUGUGUAAGGAAGGCCUGGGUCCCGGGGACACUACGAGCACAUUCUGCGGGACACCAAAUUACAUCGCACCGGAAAUCCUGCGCGGAGAGGAGUAUGGGUUCAGUGUGGACUGGUGGGCCCUGGGCGUCCUGAUGUUCGAGAUGAUGGCCGGAAGGUCUCCGUUCGAUAUCAUCACCGACAAUCCAGACAUGAACACCGAGGAUUACCUCUUCCAAGUGAUCCUUGAGAAGCCUAUUCGGAUUCCAAGAUUUCUCUCUGUCAAGGCCUCCCACGUCUUAAAAGGAUUUUUAAAUAAGGAUCCCAAAGAGAGACUUGGAUGCCAACCCCAGACGGGAUUUUCCGAUAUCAAGUCUCACACAUUCUUCCGCAGCAUAGAUUGGGAUAUGCUGGAGAAGAAGCAGGCCCUCCCUCCGUUCCAGCCACAGAUCACCGAGGACUACGGUCUGGAUAACUUCGAUACCCAGUUCACCAGCGAACCUGUGCAGCUAACCCCCGAUGACGAGGAUGUCAUCAAAAGAAUAGACCAGUCAGAGUUCGAAGGGUUUGAAUACAUCAAUCCGUCACUGCUUUCCACGGAGGAGUCGGUAUGAAGAGGCGACGUCUCCCUUGCGGACAGAUAAUGUGAAUGAACUUUUUAAAUUUACCCUUAACUACAGUAUAUGCAUGCGAGGCUGGGGAACUGUCAGGCCGGGACGGAGACCAAUGAUUUAAAAAAACGAAACAAAAAAACAAUUGCUGCUGAAAAUCAAAGAGAAGAAAUUCCGGUGGGCGUCUUCCUCUACGUCACGCGGUUUCUGACAGAGCUCGGACCCUGGACGUGACCGGCUUCGUUACCGAAGGGAUCUGCACAUCGUGCCCGCUUCACGGAGGAUCGGCCAGGCAUCGCAUCCCGGUAAGGAGAGGCCAAUCCCACGCUGGCGGACUUGCACACUUUCUACUGCAUCCCGGGGGCGGCGACCUCUCCCUCGCCGCCCCAGCUCCCCAAUCGAAGAAUAUGAAAGUGUAAAAUCCUGAAGAAUAAAGCGUUACAGUGGUGUUGAAGCUGAUUUUUGAUGCCUUUUUUCACAAGUGGCACCCGUCUGUCGUCUCGGAUACGAUGUGUAAAUCAAAGAGGAGUUGUGUUUUAUUAGCUAUUGCCACAGAAGUUUGGGUACAGAAGUUUAAGUGCCUAAAUGGAUAAACUGCAACGAAGAAUUUUUACAAAUUCGGAACACUUUCUAAGCCCCGGUAAGUUCUUGUUAAUAUUUAACACGUAUUUUCAUACGGAGCACGCAAUGAGUGGCUGCAGUCUAAUGCUUUGAACACGUCGUUACCAAAUUGCAAGGAGGCAUGAAGGAGCGGUGCUGGCUUUAAUUUGGAAUUCACUCUGAUCAUGGAAGGAAAAUUGGGCUCUUUAGAUUUGAAAAUGGUGUUCCCCCAAAGCAUCGCCAGACCAAAAACUCUUUUAGAAACCACCAAAUUUGCACACAAAAUAAAUUUUCUGGAAGAUGCUUAAGCAGUGCCUAUGUGAUGUCUUGUGUCAUGUAUUAGAUUGUUGGGAGAAAUUGUUUUCCGGUAACACGCUCUUCAGAAUUAGGAAAUAGGAAAAAGCAAAACUGUGUUACGGAUCUUCGCCUUAAAAAUUUAAACUAGCAACAUCCUUAAACGUACGUAGUCUGUUUUCCCGGUAAAGCACACCUCCUGCUUUGAAUAAUCCGUCGGCUUUGACGGCGAGCGUACGUCCCGGAAUGAUUAUUCCGCUCUCGGAAAGCCGAGCUCUUCGGGAUUCCUAGUUCGGCUGCUAGUGCUUGGAGGAGAAACAUCCCCCGGUAGAUCGGAGCCGAUGGGUGGCAGCUCCCCAUUGGAUCCCGUCUCUUUUGGAAACCAAAAAUAUGAACGAAAGGGGAGGAAGGGGACGGGGCAGCCAGUGGUUUUACCAUGACGGCCUAACGUCCAGCCCUACCCCUGAGGGCUAACGAGGCCCAGGGCAGGCAGCCGUGUUGCCCGUGUUUGUGUCCCGUCCCCCCCGCCACUGCAGGGGAGAGGAAUGGGAAGGCCUCUGAUGGGACUUUGGUUUCACCAUGUCGUGUGGCUUGUGAUUGUGGCUGAAAGCAGAGGAGGGGAGAUCGAACGGAAAUCUCGUGCCGUUAAACCUGGCCAGAUUGGGUGUCCACAGGUGUCGGACAAAGUGCGGCUUUUCUCCCCUGCUCCCUCUCCACGAUCACACGGGUUUCUCAGGGUCCCGCGCGGCGGCCAUACGUCCGUGCCGGGGGGUGCUAGGGUGAGACGGCCAAAAUGUGGUUGACGGUCCGGCCUCAGCCACCGGCUCCCGCGCUCCCCUCCGAGCCCCGGCGGGGGUCCCGUCCGGGCCCGCCGCCGGACGGUCAUGACCUCUGUAACCCCGCCACCGCCCCGGUGAGUUCGCGUUGCUCGGGGGUGGGGGGUGGCGUCUUUCCUGGUAAGAAAUCUGGCUUUUAACCAGCACCACCUCCCUCGCCUAGAGACCCUCACCUCCAAAGGAAAGCGGGGGUCCGAGCCGCGGAGCCGCUUCCCGGUGGCACCAAUCCCGAGCCUUCCGGCUUCUCGUGGGGCUACUGUUGAUGGGGCCUAAGCCCGUCUCCCUGGCCACCCCUCACCGCCCCCAGAGUAAUUCUCACGGAGAUCCGGUGGUUUGGACAGAGAGACAAGCUCUCCCUGGCCCCCUGACGACACGCCGGCUCGGAGCGGUCGGACCAUUCCGUGGCAGGCGGUCGGACCGGAGCGACUUGUUGGCCCCGGGCCGGACCCAAUGCCCUCAGUUGAUCCCAAUUUAAGGCAUUUACACUAUUGCUGUUGCCAAAUCGUUUGCUGGUUCCAAGUUGGGUUGCUCGUGCGCCAGUGUAUAUGAAUCAUGUUCUGUUUCUGAUGAAAGGGAGAUUUUUUUAUAUAAAGUACUUGUUUUAUAAACGAAAGCAAAUGAAGGAUGUUAAUUGUGUGGUUUGGAGAAAAAAAAAAAAUCCUAAUAUAUUACAGACGGAUCCCGUAAUGAUAUAUAGUUGUCUUAUUUGAAAUAGUAAAUGAAAACUCUAGCUAAUUUAAUGACUGUAAAACAGUAAAUAUGUUCUUGUAGUUUUGUAUAAUUAAUUAGUUGAGAUCUUUGCUGACCAGUUUUAAUUGUGCAGAAGAUGGUAUACUAAUCCAUAACAGCUGAGAUCAUUUAUAUUCUUGCACACAUCUAUUAAAAACUUUAAUGAAAAAGCUGAA